UCUCCUUUAGGGGUUCCUGCAGAUAGAGCCUGUGUCUAAUAAAGGGGUUGACUGGAGACACGCAUGGAGACACGCAGACAAACAGAGUAAAAAGAAAAUAGUCAACACCUAAGGCAACACGUUCGCCAUCUUUUCGUAGUCGAGAUGGCUUUAUAUCUUUGCAAACACAAGCAAGCUCUCCCAGCCAGAAGCUCUUGCAUCCACCUAGAAACGCGCGUUGAGAUAGCCGACCGACGUACAACGGAGGCAAAAUCUUGAGCUCCGUACAGGUCUACCGACCUCGUAAACAGCCAUGGUCACCACAAAGAACAAACGCCAUGGUGGCACCGGCCCCCCGGCAAACAUCCCUCGGCAGCAGUAUCAAAAAGUGAAAAAGGUUGUGCUAGACUGGAACGACUACUUCGGACCAGGCGACCUCAGCGACUGGCAGCGUCUGAUGGUCGACCUGGGAUACACCGAGUAUUUCAAGAGUAAAACCCAAUGCCGGAAGGCACUCAAAAAUGUUUGGGUGAACAUCGUCGAUUUUCUCGAGGCUGUCGAAAUGGGCAAUCCCCCAUAUAAAUUUGAAAACGAACAGCAGCUGGCCAAGUACACACGCGCGACGAAAAAGAUAUAUCCAAAGAGUGCGAUACAGAAAGGCAGCCCACUCGAAAGUCUACUAGCUUACAUUAUGUCUCCGAGUAAACGGUAUGGCAAAUAGACGGGGUACAUUGAUAAGAGGCCUGUUUCCCUGGUCAGGGGAGGAAGGGAUUCAAGAGCUACAAUAGGUUGA